AUGGACGAAGAAGUCCUAUGGACCAUUACCUUCGGCCUUAUCGGCACGAUCAUCGGCUUGGUCACGAUCUGGCAGAACUCCAUCGUCAUUCAGGCAAAGAUAGAAUUGAUCAAGGUGCAACAGCAACGUCGAUGGUGGGCAUGA